AUGAGUAACAACAUUUGCAACAUAUCGCUCGAAUACGAUGCGGGCAAGCAACAGAAUAUCACAUGGGUCGAUAGCCCCAACGCCCGAGGCACCCUCGACAUCCUCCAAAGCUGCGUCUUGACCCUCGUCGCAUGCAUCUAUACGGCUCUGCACCUGGAUGUGCCUCUCAAAACGGCAUGGCACGAGGUCUUUCUCUACAAGCUCAAAUGGGUCCUCAUCACUCUCUUUGCGCCCGAGAUUUCCGUGUACAUGGCCGCGGAUCAGCUACAGCAGGCUUGGAGCCUCAAGAAAAAGCUUUUAGCUUUGGUUCCAGAGCUAACACAGUAUUCUUCCCAGCCAGAUAUCAGUCUCAAGUACGCCUUCUUCAUCAUCAUGGGAGGUGUCCGCGUCAACGUCGACGACAUAAUCUCCCUCCCCGACCUUGACUUCAAAGCCCAACGUCACUUUACCACGCGUCCUUACACGAUCCGAGUCGGCCCCAAGACGAUAAUCCAGCUUGCCGAGAAGGGGCACUGGAUAAACAUACCAAUGCAAAAGAUUGACGACAAAAGCAAGGCCGACGUCCUUCAGAAGUGUUUGGUCAUGAUCCAGAAACCAUUAAACGUUCUUGAGCCCGAACUUUUGGACCCUGGCAAGUUCAAGGGCACCAUAGCCCUUCUCGCUCAGCAACAAUUCUACCCCAACAUGGCCACCAGGUUAGCCCUCGUUCCGUCUCAGGAAUACCCUAACCAGCCACCUUUCAGAAGACGGGGCGGUCUUAUAUCGCAUGACUGGAUCACACCGAAUAUGGGACAGCGCAUCACCCGAGAAGAAAAUCCAUGGCUCCCGGAAAAGAUGUGGGAUUAUCUGCCCCCGGACGCAUGGACGAGGCUCAGAUCGGACCUCUCUGAUCGACUACCUAUAGGUGCCUGGCGAUGGCUCCCCCCAAGGCCAGGACGUUGGAUCUCAUACAAAGACACACAGAUGUUUCCGGGCGAUGUUCUCCCGUGCGGCCUUAUGUAUCAUUCCGAGUUUCAAGAUCUCCCCCUCCCACUAACAGAGGAGUUCCUCAACCGGUGGGGUGCCAUCUUAAAAGCAUUCCCGUUCUACGGUCGCGAAGAACUAGCCAGCACCUCCAAGUUCCUGAGAGUAAACAGGCUCGGUUGGGACUUUGAACCCGUUGACCCCGAAGAAGACGCUCCAGUCCAAGGCCAAUACCUAUUCCUCGCACGCCUGAAAGAAUUUGCACCCGUUCCAGAUGGCAUCUUCAGGACCAUGCCCUUCAGCGCUGGCAAACGAAACCUCGACAUCAACCUCAAGGUGUUCACAGAAAACACAGGUUCAUCUUUUGGUCUCCUCAAGUUCUUCAAGGCGUUCCCAUGGCUUGCGGGUCUCGCCCUUCUUCUGUCUGGUAUCUACGGCGGCGUCCACCUGACAGCUUGGCGAUCGGUGUUCCCAAGCAUCCAAGAAGAAGUCCUUUGGAAGGUCAGCUGCAUCUACAUCGCGGCUGUCCUCCCCGUGUACUUUAUCAUUGGCCCUGCAAUGUCGGACGUUGCGUUCUGGUCUGGACCUGAAACCUUUACUGCGGUUGGCAUGUCCACGGUGAUAUCACUUGUUCUUUUGAUAUAUGGUGUUGCGAGGGUUUUUAUUAUUGUCGAGUCUUUUAUUAGCUUACGGGUUGUCCCUCUUGGGGUGUAUAUAUCGCCAACUUGGGUCCAGAUGUUUCCUCAUUUUUAG